AUGGAGGAGGGCCGGCUUCCCGCGCAGGUGGACCGUGACGAGGUCACGGAGCUGGAGUCCGUGGGCUGGAUGCUCUACAGCCGCGAGUGCCUUCGCCAGCACCGUCGCGGCCGCAACCAGGAGCUUCGGCGGGAGGUCCGGCAGGCGCAAAGGCCGGUCGCUGACGUGGAGGACCCCACCGCCUUCGAGGACGGCCCGCCCAGCGAGGCAGAGGGCGACAGGCCCUUCGGCGAUGAUGACGGCUGGGAGACCUUCUCCGCAAGCGCCCUGCGCAGCGCCAGUUUGCCGGACUGGGCCAUGGCCGAGGAGGACGCCGGCGCCAGUGCUUCCAACACCUCGGAAAGCUACUCUGCGGGCUCGGGUGCCUAA